CUAUCCCUCAACAAUUAAAGAACCAAUCACAGAAACCCACCAUUAAACAACACACAAGGUCAGUUUUUUAUUAUUACAGAGUCAGGGGCCAAAGUUGAAGUAUUGAAACCAUAUUUUUUCUAGUAAUUUUCCAUCAUGUCCACCACCGGAAAGCCCAUAACCUGCAAAGCUGCAGUCGCAUGGGGCCCCCGAGAGAACCUCAAACUGGAAACCAUUGAAGUGGCCCCUCCUAAGAGCCACGAAGUGCGAAUUAAAAUCCUCUACAGUGCGGUUUGCCACACUGAUGCUUACACCCUCAGUGGCCAAGACCCAGAGGGGCUAUUCCCAGUUGUCUUAGGCCACGAGGGGGGCGGAAUUGUGGAAAGUGUAGGGGAGGGAGUCACAAAUGUUCAACCAGGUGAUCAUGUUAUUCCCCUAUACGUUCCCCAAUGUGGCGAAUGCAAAUUCUGCAAGUCCCCCAAGACCAAUUUGUGCCAAAAAAGCCGGGUGACCCAGGGCCAAGGGGUCAUGCCCGAUGGUACAUCCCGAUUCACGUGCAAUGGUAAAAAAUUGUACCAUUUCAUGGGGUGCUCCACUUUCAGCGAGUACACUGUUGUUGCCGACAUCUCUGUUGCGAAAGUGAACCCCAAUGCCCCCCUUGACAAGAUUUGUCUACUGGGAUGUGGCGUCCCCACUGGCUAUGGCGCAGCCCUAAACACCGCCCAAGUCGAGAAAGGGAGCACCUGUGCAGUGUGGGGGCUGGGGGCUGUGGGGCUUGCAGUCGGGAUUGGCUGCAAGGCGGCUGGAGCGUCGAAAAUCAUAGGAGUUGACGUCAACCCCGACAAAUUUAAAAUAGCCAAAGAGUUCGGUUUCACCGAUUUCGUGAACCCCAAAGACUACGAAAAGCCAAUCCAGGAGGUUUUGGUUGAGAAGACAGACGGGGGGCUCGAUUUCACUUUCGAAUGCGUUGGGAACGUUCAAACUAUGAGGGCUGCUUUGGAGUCGUGUCACAAGGGUUGGGGGGUUUCCACGAUUGUGGGGGUGGCUGGGGCGGGGCAGGAAAUCAACACAAGACCCUUUCAGUUGGUGACAGGGCGCGUGUGGAAAGGGACGGCUUUCGGGGGGUGGAAAAGUCGCGAUAGUGUCCCUAAAUUAGUUGAGGAGUAUUGUCACAAGCCUCAAAUCAUGCCACUUGAUAAAUUUAUCACUCACAAUUUGAAAUUGAGUGAAAUUAAUGAAGCUUUCCAUCUCAUGCACAAAGGGGAAAGUAUUCGCACCGUUGUUGCUAUUGCUGGAAGUGCUUAAAACACUGUUGUAUGAAAUUAUUUUUAAUAAAAAUUAACUCAGGA